AUGCGUGGCAGCCUGGCCCGCACGCUCUUCCAGAACUCGCUGCAUUACAGCCAGGCGGACCAAGGAAGUAUGGAAGCGGAAAGCGUCAAGACUGUGGUGAAUCCGCGUGCAAGUGACAUUCAUUCGACCUAUUCCAAGCCAGGUCCUGCUGGUAUGAUACACCCUUCGCCCGACCGUGCAGCUGGGGCGAAUGUCUUGUCGGCACUUGCCGAUUCGGGCGGGCAACGGCGGACGACCUCGCCGCUUGUUCCCCUGAACCCAUCUCGUGCAGGAAUGGAGCCUAUUUCGUUCCAUAUCGAGGCCAUUGGAUUUUCGCAGCAGCCGGAAGGGCUCGGUGAAAGCCUUGUUUCAGACGAGCCAUCGAGCCUUGAAUCGGACAGUGACGAAACACUUGCGAGUGACACGCUGUGCCCUUACAUUCCAGGCUCUUUCAUUAUCAACCCCGUUCCCGAGAGCUCGUCGCUGGCCCAGUCCAGCAAGCGGCCAAACCGGUCACGCAAAGGGUCGGCAGCGCGCCUCGGCGAGCGGCUUCCCGGCCAGACCAGCCGCUCGCCUGCACCCGAGGAUCCAGGCCGACUGAUAUUCCAGCGCAAUGCCAUCCGUCCUGCGCCACCGAACGCCUCCUUGCUGAGCUCCAAGUUUGGGUUGAACGAUACGAGUCAGUCGCAGGCGCAAAUCCACCUCGCGCGGUACGGUCGCGCGGGUGCAGGCGAAAGCGACGCGAAUGGCAUCACUAUCUCGCUCUACUUCCCAAACCAGACGAGUGUCGAGGCUACGUCGCCGCUCCCUGUGCGCAUUCGGAAGGACGCCACGAUGGAGGAGCUUAUCGGCUACGGCCUCUUUUGCUAUGUGGAAAGGCACGGCGAGCCGCCGCAACACCCCGAUGCCGACGAGGAGGAGCUCGACAUCUAUCUCGAGACCACCGCAUGGUCCCUGCACAUGGUCGAGGACGGCGAGGUGGACGAGGACUACCCAGCCAUUGACCGCUCCCUGGUCGUCGGCCGCUUUGGCGAAACGGAAUUUGCGAUUUGCCCAACGUCGCAGCCCCGACAUGCAUGGCGGCGACCGGAAGAGCCGACAUCGGCGGCCGAUGUCCCCAACACGUUUGCCAUGCAACCCUCACGCGACCGGCCUAGCGAGUCGGAACCUGAUACCCUGUCGCUGCAGAUCAUGGUCGUCCCUACGGCCAUGGGUAUGACGACCAUCCGAGUCCCUCCCCGUGCGACUGCAGCCCAAGUACUUGCGAUUGCAUGCCGUCACUGCCUUUUGAGCGAUCCCAGUGGCUAUGCGCUGCUUUACCGCGAUGUCGACGAGGUGAUUCCUUUGGACAGGUCCGUGCGUGACUUUUACGGCCGUACGGACCUGGUGCUCGUGGAGCGGACCACGCUCCCCCGUGCUGCGGAGGCGCCGGUGCCCUCUGCGCGACCCGCGUCGAGCAUGCCCGAGCAGCCUAAGUACAAGACGGCGAUGGACUUGAUUUCUAACUACAAGGCCUAUUCGGUCAGCCGGCGCCACCCCAUCUCGGUUGGCCGCCAUGAGCGUGUACUGACGAUUGAUGGCGACUGGAUCCACAUUAUUCGUCCUGCCGAGAAGCGCAUGUUCCACGCACGGUCCACGUCCUACCCCAUUUCGGCCGUGCUGCAGUGCGAGCAAUUGUUGCCUAUCGUGAAAAAAACGCGCGAUACGAAGCGCUACGACUUUGAGGCGGACAACCGCCAGAAAGCAGGUGCGUCGCUCGACUAA